GCUUACAUUAAGACGCGGCCUCCGAUUGCAGUGGACCCCUCUGGGCAGCCUCUGACAGGUCCCAAGGACGAAGACGAUGAGGAGGACUACGAGGAGCUCAGAAGGCUCACCAUGGAGCCCAAGUGGUGCUUCGGGAAGCAGGGCCCCCUCUACAUGGUCGCCUGCGCGGUGAAUGGCUCCAUCUAUGGAGAGCAGGGCUUCAAGGGCUUCACUGCCGGUCAGAAAGCCGCACCGCCUCCCUUCAAUGACUCCCGGGCCGCAAUCUUCGAGGGCUUCCGGGUCCUAGGCUUUAGGCUUGGGGAUUACGGCGUACCAGUUUCCGAUGAUGUUGAUGGACAAAAUCCUGCAUCCCGCGUAUCUGUGCUUGUUGGGAAUCGUGCAUUCCUCUUGGACAUGCGCAGGAUUUCCUUUAACCCGAAGCCAAAAACUUACAACAUGAAUAAUAAUAUCCUACAUCCCCAUACCCUAGAGCGAAUUCCACAAAGUUGA